CCUCACCCGCUUUCUUUUGGUCUCCCGAUUUAUCUAUCUCUGGUCCCCUUCGUUUAUCCUGCUCCCCUAUCCACUCCCUCGCUCAUCUCCCUUCUCUGUCAGCCCUGCAGGAAGCUGAGACUCCUCACGAAGCCUGGAGGUGGGAGGGUGGGUGGGUGGACCCUGGCGCGGCGGUCCCGCCCCUCGGUGCGUGUGUGAAUGUCUGUGUGGCCGUGACGCGGCGCCGGCGGCGGCGGGGAGGGAGGUUGGGCCCGCUGGAGAGGGAGGCGAGCGGAUUGCUGGGGCUGCUCGGCUCCUGCGCGCCCUCGCGCUCCCCGCCGCCCGCCGAGGCGCAGGCAGGGCGCAGGCGGCGGCGGGCGGCAUGGAGAGCCUGCUGGAGAACCCGGUGCGUGCCGUGCUCUACCUCAAGGAGCUCACGGCCAUCGUGCAGAACCAGCAGAGCCUCAUCCACACCCAGCGCCCGCGCAUCGACGAGCUGGAGCGGCGGCUGGACAAGCUAAGCGCCGAGAACCGCAGCCUGUGGGAGCACCAGCAGCUGCUGCAAGCCCAGCCUCCGCCCGGGCUCAUCCCUCCGUCGCCAGCCCUGCCGCCUGCCACCCCGGCCACCGCUGCCGUCGCCGGGGCCCAGGAACCUCUCCAGAACCACGGACAGAUCUCUCCCGCAGCGCCACAGCCCGCGCCGGAGCAGCCACCGCUUCAGCACCACGGACAGCUCCUGGCGCAGCCCCAGCCGGGCCCCAGCACCAGGGCUCACGCACCUCAGUCGCCCCACCAGCACCCAGUGGCGCCUGGGGCUGUCGCCGACAAAGACAAGGAGCGGCCCCCGAGUUGUUGCACUGCUGCUGGAACCCUCCUUCAGCAUAAAUCCCCCGCCGCCCUCGGCAAGGGCGUCCUGAGCAGGAGACCCGAGAAUGAGACUGUGCUACACCAGUUCUGCUGUCCCGCCGCGGCCGAACAGAAGCCCGCCUGCUCUGACUUGGCCUCCCAAAGCGAUGGCUCCUGCACCCAGGCCGGUGGGGGCAUGGAGGACUCCGUGGUGGCAGCGGCGGCGGUGGCAGCCGGCAGACCCAGUGCCCAUGCCCCGAAGGCUCAAGCCCAGGAGCUGCAGCAGGAGGAGGAGCGGCCGGGGGCGGGGGGUGCCUCCCCGAGGGCUGGCUCCCACCGCGUGGCCUCCCCCGGCCGGCAGCAGCCUGCCCUGGCGACGGCGCUCUGCUCCCACGCCCCUAACGCCUCCGAUUACGAGCUCUCCCUUGACCUAAAGAAUAAACAGAUUGAAAUGCUAGAACACAAGUACGGGGGCCACCUCGUGUCCCGGCGCGCCGCUUGCACCAUCCAAACCGCCUUCCGCCAGUACCAGCUCAGCAAGAACUUCGAGAAGAUCCGCAACUCGCUCCUGGAGAGCCGCCUGCCGCGACGGAUCUCCCUGCGCAAAGUCCGCGCGCCCACUGCUGAGAGCCUGGCGGCCGAGAAGGCGCUCAUGGAGGGCUACGGCCUCAUGGGGCUGCCACUGGUGCGCUCGCCCUCCCUGCCGCCCACCUUCGCGGGCACGCUCACCGAGCUGGAGGACUCCUUCACCGAGCAGGUGCAGUCCCUGGCCAAGUCCAUCGACGACGCGCUCAGCACCUGGAGCCUCAAGACCAUGUGCUCCCUGCAGGAGAGCGGCGCCUACCAGCUCCACCAGGCCCUGCACGCGGGCGCGGGGCCGCCGGGCCUAGAGGCCGAGAUGCGGGAGCUCGACAGUGCCCGCCCCGCGCCCGCGCCAGGGGAAGAGACCGCUGAGGCCGCCGGCCUGCCCCAGGGCCACGGCAGUACCCUCAUGAUGGCUUUCCGGGACGUCACCGUGCAGAUCGCCAACCAGAACAUCUCUGUCUCCUCCGCCACGGCUCUGUCGGUUGCCAAUUGUCUGGGCACGCAGACCGCCCAGGCCCCGGCGGAGCCUGCGGCGGGCAAAGCCGAGCAGGAAGAGGCGCCGGGGCAGGAGGCCUCGGUGGCCACAACCGCGGCUCAGGGGGACGUGCCCGCUGAAAACACGGGCGCAGAGGCCGGAGCCAGCGGGGCCCCGAGCACCCACCCUCCUGGGGCUGUCGUGGAGGCGCUGGUGGAGGGGGCCACGGUGGCAGCGGAGGCAGAGGUGGCGGAGGAGGGUUCUGGGGAGGUGGGGAAAGGGACUGAGGCCGAGGCUGGCGACAACUCGGAGCCGCUGAGCAGCAGCAGCACGUCCACCAAGUCGGCCAAGUCGGGCUCGGAAGCGUCAGCCUCAGCCUCCAAGGAGGCCCUGCAGGCCAUGAUUCUGAGCCUGCCGCGCUACCACUGCGAGAACCCCGCCAGCUGCAAGUCGCCCACGCUCUCCACGGACACCCUGCGCAAACGGCUCUACCGCAUCGGCCUCAACCUUUUCAACAUAAACCCAGACAAAGGCAUCCAGUUCCUGAUCUCCCGAGGCUUCAUCCCCGACACCCCCAUCGGAGUGGCCCACUUCCUGCUCCAGCGUAAGGGCCUCAGCCGGCAAAUGAUCGGGGAGUUCCUAGGCAACAGCAAGAAGCAGUUCAACCGCGAUGUGCUGGACUGCGUGGUGGACGAGAUGGACUUCUCCAGCAUGGAGCUGGACGAGGCCCUGCGGAAGUUCCAGGCUCAUAUCCGCGUGCAAGGGGAGGCCCAGAAGGUGGAGCGGCUCAUAGAGGCCUUCAGCCAGCGCUAUUGCAUGUGCAACCCCGAGGUGGUGCAACAAUUCCACAACCCCGACACCAUCUUCAUUCUUGCCUUCGCCAUCAUCCUCCUCAACACCGACAUGUACAGCCCCAACAUCAAGCCUGACCGCAAGAUGAUGCUGGAGGACUUUAUCCGAAACCUGCGAGGUGUGGAUGAUGGUGCCGACAUCCCCAGGGAGCUGGUGGUAGGCAUCUAUGAAAGGAUACAGCAGAAGGAGCUCAAGUCCAAUGAGGACCACGUCACGUAUGUCACCAAGGUGGAGAAGUCCAUCGUGGGCAUGAAGACAGUGCUGUCUGUGCCCCACCGCCGCCUGGUCUGCUGCAGCCGUCUCUUCGAGGUGACAGAUGUGAACAAGCUGCAGAAACAGGCCGCGCAUCAGAGGGAGGUGUUCCUCUUCAACGACCUGCUGGUGAUUCUGAAACUUUGCCCAAAGAAGAAGAGCUCCUCCACAUACACCUUCUGCAAAUCAGUCGGCCUGUUGGGCAUGCAGUUCCAUCUCUUUGAGAACGAGUACUACUCUCACGGCAUCACCCUGGUGACCCCACUUUCGGGCUCUGAGAAGAAGCAAGUGCUGCAUUUCUGUGCCCUGGGCUCGGACGAGAUGCAGAAGUUUGUGGAAGAUCUGAAGGAGUCCAUCGCUGAGGUGACGGAGCUCGAGCAGAUCCGGAUAGAGUGGGAGCUGGAGAAGCAGCAGGGAGCAAAGACGCUCUCCUUCAAGUCCAGCGGGGCGCAGGUGGACCCGCAGUCGAAGCAAGGAUCGCCUACAGCCAAAAGGGAAGCGGCACUGGGGGAGAAGCCAGUGGAGAGCACGGUGGAGGUGUCAAUUCACAACAGGCUUCAAACGUCUCAGCACAACCCCGGGCUGGGGGCCGAGAGGGGAGCGCCAGCGCCGCCGCCAGACCCGCAGCCUAGCCCCUUGAGGGAGCAGCCCCCGCUGCUGCCGCCGCUGCCACCCACACCCCCUGGGACCCUGGUGCAGUGCCAGCAGAUUGUCAAGGUCAUUGUCCUGGACAAGCCCUGCUUGGCCCGCAUGGAGCCCCUGCUGAGCCAGGCCCUCUCCUGCUACGCCUCGUCCUCCUCCGACUCCUGUGGCUCCACGCCCCUGGGUGGCCCAGGCUCCCCCGUCAAGGUCAUCCACCAACCUCCGCUGCCCCCGCCCCCACCCCCAUACAACCACCCCCACCAGUACUGCCCACCAGGUUCCCUGCUGCACCGGCGCCGCUACUCCAGCGGCUCCAGGAGCCUGGUGUAGACUUUGUUCCCCACUGCGCUGCUGUCCUGGAACAGCUGGCCGGUGGGGGUGGGGGACCCUUAGCUGCCCCCAGCAGCCCCAACACCCCCUCGCUCGCUGCUCCCCACACUCCGGCACAAUGCACUCCUGGCCACUGCUCACCAUCAUUUUGGAAAGAGAUUCUCAAUCCCAGGCGCCUGGGUUGGCCUCGCCCACCAUGCUUCCCUUGGUCCUAAGCACCCCUACCCCCUAAUCUGGGCCCACCACUUCACUCUCCUGGGGCCCGACACAGCAAGGGACCCCUUCGUCCUGCUACCAUUCUGGCCCCUUGGGCCCCAGACUGAGUCUGUCGGGUCCCAGGCUUCAGGCCAGGUGGGGAAAGCAAGGGGUGGGAGGCUUCCUCUUCAGCAGCCCCCAAGCGGACCCCCUAACCCCCGGGGGAUGUUGGCUGUCCUGGUCACAUCCUCCCUCUCCUCCCAGGGCCUUCUCCCACAUUCUCAGGAGCUGGGCCCUGCCUGUCUGGGGCUUCUCUGACUUCAGGAAAGUUCUGAAGUUAAGAGGGAAAGGGAAAGGGAGCCUGUCAGCAGAGCUGUGGAAUCGUAAGGCCAUAUAGCCAUCAAACACACCUUUUAAAAGAGUUUUCUAGUUCUCUAGUCCCAGAUAGUGCCCAGCCAAGGCGAAGUGCAGAGGUGAAGACUUAAACAUACUCCUCUGAACCAGGCUCUUCCAGCCUGGAAGCAGACACACGGAGAAGUGGUGGUGAUUGCCCAAGGGACGGAUACAGCCAGCAGAGGUAGAAUUCAGACCUAAGUCAGGGUUCCUUCUGGAAUGGCUGUCACGGCCCCCAUGAGAGGUUUGGAGACAGAAGCAGGCGAGAGAAGCAGGUGCUGUAAAGGCACCGGCAUUCCUCCUGCUGCCAUUCCCAACCAGCCCGGCAGCCUUUAAAUCCUGCUCCCUGUGCCUCCUCCAGGAAGGCGACAGACCUGCCUCCAGGAGGCAUGGCUGAAAGAUCCCCCACACCAUCACAGUUGCACAGGAGAGCCGAGCAGGGCUCACUGACUGCUGAACAGGGCCCACCAGAAUCAGAGUGUCUGCUUUUGUGAGGCCCCGCGGAGCCGAGGCACUCAAAGCCCUUGGGCGCUACAGUCCUUUCAGGAGGUAUCUGCCCCAAGUCAGGCCAGUCCUUUCAGGAAGUAUCUGCCCCAAGUCAGGCCGGGCUGUCCAGUACUGUGCCAAGAGUUCAUUGCUGUCCUUCGUUAAGACCCCCUCUCACUUGAAGCCCAUUAGCAAAGCCUGCCAAGACAAGGAAGGGACUAUUGGCUAGGGCUAAAGUGAAUCUGCGUCGCCCUGACGCCUACCCCGUGCCCCAGAGGGAGUGCCCCGAGCCAGCUAGGAGACGCAGCAUCCUCCCUCACUCUCAGAGGUUCCAGAUGACCUAGUUUCUAAUGUGUGUGUGCGGUCACCCAGACGUCACAUGAUGUCACCCAGUGAGUUUAUUUCUGGCUCUGUCUUUGUCAGCCCCGUUUCCAUAACUUGUGACCAAUUUGCCGCCGCCUCCCCGGGUGGCUGCCCAGCUGAUCUCCUGUACUUGUCUCUCCCUGCCACCCCCCAACUCCCCUCCCCGUGCCUUUCCUGUAACAGGUGGCUACAGUCAUAGCCUUCGGAGCAGAGUGGCUGACAGAUGGAGCCCACAGAUUCAGUCACCUCUGGUGCCCUUGACCAAGGCAGGGAAUGCCCUUAAAAAAAUGCAGGCCUAGACAGUAGGAGUCAGGGUUGGGGGGACUCAGUGGGGGGAGUGGAUGAACCUUGAAAGAGGGGCCAGGCCGAAAGAGCGAUAAUUACGCUGGGUGGCAGGGAAGCUGCCUUAGG